AUGGCGCUGACCCAAUUCGAAGCAGUUGAUGCCCGGCGCAUGUUCCCAUGCUGGGAUGAGCCGAGCAAGAAGGCUAUCUUCGGCCUCAGCGUCAGCAUUCCCUCGGCGCUCGUUGCCGUGUCCAACAUGCCCAGCGCCUCUGAGACGACGAUCAGCCGGAAGAAGAAGAGGGUCACCUUUCUGGAUACUCCGCGAAUGUCCAGCUACUUACUGGCGCUCGCCGUGGGCCGAUUUGACUCCAUACGGGCGCAGACAGAGAGCGGGACACUGAUCCGUGUCCUGACCGUUCCAGGUCAGGCAGAUUUGGGAGAGUUCGCACUGGACAUUGCGCGAAGGAGUUUGGUCUACUACGAGAGCUAUUUCGAGGUUCCCUACCCAUUGCCCAAGCUGGACAUGCUUGCCGCCCCGGACUUUGCUGCCGGAGCUAUGGAAAAUUGGGGGCUGGUGAUUUACAGGGAGGUAGACCUGCUCUGCAACAUCUCUACUGUGGGUGUGUCGCGGAAAGUGCGGAUUGCGACGGUGGUUGCCCAUGAGCUGUCACAUAUGUGGUUUGGCAACCUGGUAACAAUGGAGUGGUGGGAGCAGCUCUGGCUGAACGAAGGCUUUGCCAACUGGAUGCAGACCCAUUCUGUGAACAUGCUCUUUCCAGAGUGGCACAUGUGGGAGCA